AUGUCCCAAGAUCCUCAGGCGCUGCUCCAAAAGGCCGAGCAGGCGUUGCGCGGUGCCGGCGGCGGCUUCAGCUUCUUCGGCGGCCGUGAGGAAAAGUACCAGAAUGCGGCCGACCUGUUCACCCAGGCGGCCAACGCCUUCAAGAUGCAGAAACAGAGUACGUUGGACCCCGAUCACGGUGCGGAAACGACACGAAACCCGAGCCGGUCACUGACAGGCGGUUACGGUGCAGACGUCGAUGCUGGCAAGGCCUUUGAGCAGGCGGCGCAAAUACAGACCAACAAGCUUAACGAGCUCGACGAUGCCGCCAACACGCUCAUCGACGCCUUCAAGGCCUACCGCAAGGACGACCCCAAAGCGGCCGCGCGGUGCCUCAACGUCGCCAUCGACCGGUACUGCGCCAAGGGAAAUUUUCGAAGGGCGGCCUCGCACAAGGAGAGCUUGGGGGAGCUGUACGAGCAGGAUCUGGACGACACCAAGGCCGCCGUCGAGUGCUACGAGGCGGCCGCCUCGUGGUACGAGGGCGACAACGCAACCGCACUCGCCAACAAGCUGUGGCUCAAGGUGGCCGACGUUGCCGCCCUCGACCAAGACUAUUACAAGGCCAUCGAAAACUACGAAAAGGUGGCGGAGCAGUCGGUCAGCAACAACCUCAUGAAGUACAGCGUCAAGGAGUACCUCCUCAAGGCGGGCAUCUGCCAACUCGCCAGCGGCGAUCUCGUGGCGACGCAGCGGGCCCUCGAACGGUACCGGGACAUGGACCCUGCCUUUGCGGCGGCGCGCGAGCAUCUGCUGCUAUCGGACCUGUGCGAAGCUGUCGAGGCCAAGAGCCAGGAGCAGUUUACCGACAAGCUGUUCCAGUACGACCAGGUCAGCAAGCUGGAUAAGUGGAAGACGACAAUUCUCGUGAGGGUCAAGGCGACGAUUGAAGAGGCCGACGAUGAGUUUGCCUGA